UCCAUGUAAACAAAAAACAGGUGGAGAGUAGGAGGAGACGUAAAUUGACAGACUGUGAGCGCUGUGAGAUUCAAUUCAUCAAUUGCAGUCUUCGGUUGAAGGUUUCAGUGUUUCACAUAGUGCCUGUUGAGUGUUGACGACAAAAAUGACGACAGGAGUUGUUUACGACCAGCGCAUGGCUGACCACAAGUGCUUGUGGGAUUUAAAAUACAACGAAAAACCCGAAAGAUUUAUUAAUGUACUGAGACGAUGUGAGGAGCUAAAACUUUUGCAAAGAUGCCUUCCUCUCAAACCGAGAGAAGCUACAGAAAAAGAAUUACUGAAGCUGCACACACCUGAUAUGAUAAGCAUCUUAAAGGACACAGAAAGCAUUUCUGAUGAAGAAGCCUUAGAAAAACUAAGUUCCAAGUAUGAUUUUCUGUAUAUUCAUCCGAGCACCUAUCAGUUAUCAUUGUUGGCUGCUGGAUCAACAGUUGAGCUGGUAUCUAACAUACUAGAUGGGAAAAUAAGAAAUGGAAUGGCAAUUAUUAGACCACCUGGUCACCACGCAAUGAAAAGUGAGUACUGUGGAUACUGUUUUUACAACAACGUCGCAAUUGCUGCCCAACAUGCCCUUGAUAAUCGCGGCCUAAAAAGGAUACUAAUAGUGGAUUGGGACAUUCAUCAUGGACAAGCUACUCAGCAAAUGUUUUAUGAUGAUCCAAGGGUUUUGUAUUUUUCGAUUCACGGAUUUCAAAACGGAGCAUUUUGGCCUCAUUUGCGAGAAUCUGAUUACCACAACAUCGGCCGUGGUGCUGGCUUAGGCUAUAACAUCAAUGUGCCAAUGAACGAGGUUAAAAUGGGCAACAGUGAUUAUAUGGCGAUAUUUCAUCAACUCCUCUUACCCAUCGCUUAUGAGUUUAAUCCUGAACUAAUUAUAGUAAGCGCUGGUUACGACGCUGCUCUUGGAUGCCCAGAGGGUGAAAUGGAAAUAACACCGGCGUGCUAUAGCCAUUUUACGAAUUCCCUUAUGGGUCUGGCAAAUGGUCGGCUAGCUGUAGUCCUUGAAGGAGGAUACUGCUUGAAAUCUUUGUCUGAAGGUGCUGCUCUAACAUUGCGGACCUUGCUCGGCGACCCUUGUCCACCUCUCUUAAGCAAUCUGGACACACCCACUAAAAGUGCCCAAAACACGAUUUUGAGUGUCAUGUAUGUCCUGCGCCGUUACUGGAAAUGUCUUCAACAUCUUGAAGUGUUUAGUGUUCAAGAAAUUAAGGAUGCGACGAAAAUUCGUGAGAACCAAUUCUGGCCGCAAAUAGAAUUUUUGGGCAGUGACGAAAAACCAGAAACAUAUCCAACCCGUGAUAUUUGUCCUGUGCAGGAUCCGAAAGUUGCUGCAGAGCUUGAUGCUCAGCUGGAUGUUUUGAUUGCUGGUACAUGUUUGGACGUCCAACAGUAUCGUGUUGGCUUCGUUGCAAACUCGACAGAAUCUAUAGAGUCACUAUCCGAAAUAGUUCAGCGCUGCCACAUGCUCCCAACAGACCGAACUGAGACCGGGACUGGAGGAACAACCUCGGGAAUUCUUUUGAAUUUGAUAGAUAGUCUCGUUGAUGGAACAUGUCGAAGUGGUAUCGCGAUUGGCGACAACUCCUGUAAUAUUGUGGUCGAUUCUUUGAAAUAUGCCAUCGACGACCGAAGCCUUCAAAAUGUGAUGUUUAUCGACAUGAGAACUCAUCCUGAUCGCGAGAUACAAAAGUUUUUCCAAGAAAAUGUUCGUAUUUUAUACGCGUCGCUGUUUGCCUUUCUUGACUCAUGUGGGUCGGAAUCCGUUGGGGCUAAAAAAUUUGCUGUCAACGUUGGCUUACAGCAAAGUUGUGGAGAUGGGGAUGUUUUAUCUGCUUUAUUCCGUAUCCUGUUGCCUGUGGCCUAUCAGUUUGGACCCCAGUUAAUUGUCGUGGCUGCUGAUCAUUCGCCAUCAGGAGGUGUUUCAUCCGAAUGUUUCGGUCAAGUCAUUCACCUCUUAACAUCGUUAAGUGGAGGUCGGUUAGCUGUUAUUUUUCAACACAACAAGGAUCCCAGUUCUUCAUUAAGUGGGCUCACAAUUUGCGUCAAAGCUCUGUUGGGAGAUCCCAUGUCAACUCCGGAAGGAACCAACCAUCAACUAAAUGUCGUAUCAAUGUGCGCAAUUCGAAACGUAAUCCGAGAGCAAAAUGUCUUUUGGAAUGCUUUAAAAUUUGAAGUGCAAGUACCAGAUAUUAAUGUUCUCAUUCCACCGUACAUGAAUGAUGAGAAGGUUUUGAGAUACAACCCCGAGCUUCUCCAACAUUAAUUCCAUUUACUCUCCAACUUUAAACAAUCCGAUUUUCCCUCUAGCACCGACUGUUUUUAAAUCUGUUGUGUCAGUUAACCUCAACCCCUAAGGAUCGUGAAGCGUUACCGUUCACUCGGUAACGCAAAUUCUAUUAAGGCUCGCACAAUGAAGUACGAGCGUGUACGUGUAUGAAGGUCGAAUACUAUGUAGUGCCACUCCAAACAACUUUCCUUUCGACUAGUUUCAAUAAAUUUUCUCAUCUAAACAGCUUAAAUUUA